CCAAGCCCAAAGAGGCCUGCAGACAGCCCUGAGUUCAUCUCCAAAAGCUGCUACCAAGAGAGCCGCGGAGAGCCUCCCAAAAUGAAAGGCUUCCUCUUCCUCCUCUUCACCAUCAGCCUCCUGAUUAUGAUUCAGAUACAAACUGGAGUCCUGGGAAAUCAUACCAUCAGCACCUCCAAGAAACCCCGAAGUGGCUCCCCAGCCUUCGGCAGCCUGGCCGGUGGCAGCAUCCUUUUCUUCUUGACCAACACCCUCAUCCAGCUCUUCCACCUCACCUGAGGUGACAUGCCCCAGCCCUCAUCCCAUGCCCCCCGAGAUAGCAGCCAUCAUCACUAGCAGGAGAAGCACCCCCAAUCCUUGGGAGGCGCUGAUGCUAGAGAUGAGCAGUUUGUAGGAAUUGACGGGCAGAGCUUGAGGGGGGCCCAUGGCCGACACAGGGAGAUUCUGACAUGGAGGAGGAAGCACCACCCAGCCGGGGCUCAAUAAAGCUGUUGUGUACUUGGA